AUGCAACACUAUUUCUCUGUCUGCCUAUUUCACUGUGUUAACAUCUCAGGCUUUCCAUAUCUAUCUAUCUAUCUAUCUAUCUAUCUAUCUCACUUUUGUGUUCUCUAUCUCAGUCUGUGCAAUAUCGAUCUCACACUAUCGAUAUCUAUCUAUCUAUCUAUCUAUCUAUCUAUCUAUCUAUCUAUCUAUGUUGCAGUCUCUCGCCGAGAAUGUCUAUCCCGAGGCCCAGUGCGGGUUCAGCGCCGGAAGAUCAACUCUCUAAAACGCAGAAUAAACUACAAGAUCAGCCUGAUCACCGUUACUCUACGCUCAUUCCUUGCUUCCUUCCUUCCUUCCUCCCUCCUUUCUUUCUUUCUUUCUUUCUUUCUUUCUUUACCUGUUCUUUUUACCCUGCUUUCCUCCAUUCCAGUAGCUUCAUUCUUUUCAUUCGCUUCCUUCCUUUCUUUCUCUUCCCUUCCUUAUAUGUUUUCCUCUCUUGCUUCUUUCCAUCUUACCUUCUGUUUUUUUUCUUUCUUUCCUUCAUUUCUUCCUAUUUCAUUCUUUCCUAUUUUCCAUCCUUUCUUUCUUUUUUAUUUCUUUCUUUUUUCUUUGUGUUCCUUGUUAUUUUCUUUUUUCUAUUCUUUUUAUCUUUCUUUCUUUCUCUUUUUCUUUUCUUUGUUUUUCUUCUUUAUUGCUUAUAACUUUUUCUUUCUAUUCUUUGUUUUUCUUUCACCCUUUCUUUCCUUGUUUUUCUUUCUUUCUAUUCAAUAUUUUUCUUCAUUUCUUAUUGUUUUUUUCUUUCAUUUUCUUGAUUUUUCAUUCUUUUUCUUUUUUUUUCCUUUCUUUCUUUGUUUCUUUCACUCCCUUUGCCUUUCCUUGUUUCCUUCGCCGCUUCUUUCCUUCAUUUUCCUUCACAUUUCCCACGUUCUUUCUUUCCAACAUUCUGUUUGUCUCUUGCGUAAAAAGUUUCAUUUCUUUCCUUAG